AUGUCGUUCAGCUUUGGAAACACGGCUGGUGGGGAGAAGAAGACGGGUACUCUUUUUGGAAGCACUACAGCGCCAGCUGGUGGUCUGUUUGGUCAAUCGCAGCAGCAACAGCCACAGCAGUCAAACGCGACACAGUCUGGCGGCCUCUUCGGGUCAUCGACCGCCCCCCAGAAUAACAACAGUAACAACAACAACAAUAGCUUGUUUGGAUCAACACAACCACAGCAGCAGAACUCCGGAUCGAGCUUGUUUGGCCAACCGCAGCAACAGCAACAGCAGCAAAAUGCAGGCUCGAGUCUCUUUGGACAGCCUCAGCAGCAACAGCAACAACAAAACGCGGGCUCCAGUCUGUUCGGCCAACCCCAGCAGCAGCAGCAGCAGCAGCAGCAGCAACAACAACAACAGGGGCAACAGCAACAGCCAAACAUGGGCAACAGCCUAUUCGGCGCCUCGUUGCAGCCAGCACCUGUUCUCAACAACGUACAGGCGCAAAGCGUUCAGCAACAGCGCGAAGGGCUUCCGCAGCUGCGCCAGUCUUCUGCACAACCCUUUGCUGGCUCUGCCUACAUGACCGGUCACAGAGAGAAGUCGGUCAUCGAGCAGAUACGGAUUCUCAACAACAAGUGGGACCCCGAGAACCCUGAAUGCGUCUUCCAAUACUACUUCUAUAACUCGGUCAAGCCCGAAGAAGCGCCCUUCUACGGGCCCUCGCAAGGCGAAGACGAACGGAAAUGGGAGGAGGCUUUGUCAAAGAAGCCAAGCCCAGGUGCCAUCCCUGUGCUUGCCCGCGGCUUUGAACAGGUUGGAGAACGCAUCAAGCAACAAGCAGCUGCCGUCACCGCGCUCCGGACCAGACUGCACGAGAUUAACAACAGUCUGUCACUUCUCAAAGACGCGCACGAGCUGACUGUAGCUUCGCGUAUCACUGAAGCAAAGCGGAAGCACAUCGUUUUCACACAACGAACACUAGCCCUUGCAACCAAGGUCCAGAUCCUGCGCAACCGAGGAUACGUCAUGGAUCAGCCAGAGGAGGACCUGAAGAAGAAGCUCAUCGAGUUGGAGAAGCAGACGUUUGAUCCCGUACUUGGCGGGCGACAAGAAGAGAUCUGGGCGCGUAUGUCUGGUGUGCGCGAGCGGGCGCGUAUCCUUCAGGAGGAGACCGAAAAGCUGGGCAAAACGAUCGAGCAGCAACAAAACGGUGAACUCCUUACUGAUGAAGACCAAAAGGCACUAGAGAAGCUACUCAAAGACUAUGACCGACAACUCGAGCACCUCAAGAAGUGGGUCGACGACACUAGAGACGAGUACGAUGAAUGGGAGACGGCGCAGCAAUCAAGGCCGACAAAGCGAUAA